AUGGCUGCCGCUACCAUCAACAAGGGCCUCGAGGUCCUGGACCACUCCAAGGCCCUCGAAGUCCUGGCCGAGUACAAGAGGCUCGAUGGGCUCGACAUCCACGAGCUCAUGGACACGACCAAGCACGGCGGUCUGACGUACAAUGACUUCCUGCUGCUGCCGGGAUACAUUGGCUUCCCCGCCUCCGAGGUCGCGCUCGACUCGCCCGUCACGAAGCGCAUCACCCUCAAGACGCCCUUCGUCUCGUCCCCUAUGGACACCGUCACCGAGCACGAGAUGGCCAUCCACAUGGCUCUCCAGGGCGGCCUCGGCGUCAUCCACCACAACUGCUCCCCCGAGGCUCAGGCCGACAUGGUCCGCAAGGUCAAGCGCUACGAGAACGGCUUCAUCCUCGACCCCGUCGUCAUCGACCGCAACCUGACCGUUGGCGAGGCCAAGGCCCUCAAGGAGAAAUGGGGCUUUGGCGGCUUCCCCGUUACCGAGAAUGGCAAGCUCGGUUCCAAGCUGCUCGGCAUCGUCACGAACCGUGACCUCCAGUUCGAGGACGACGUCGACCAGCCCGUGUCCAGCGUCAUGGUCAAGGACCUCACCACCGCCCCCGAUGGUGUUACCCUCACCGAGGCCAACAAGAUCCUGGCCAAGUCCAAGAAGGGCAAGCUGCCCAUCGUCGACAAGGACUUCAACCUCGUCUCCAUGAUCUCCCGCUCCGACUUGACCAAGAACCAGCACUUCCCCCUGGCCUCCAAGCUGCCCCACAGCAAGCAGCUGCUCUGCGCCGCUGCCAUCGGUACCCGUCCCGAGGACAAGCUCCGCCUCAAGAAGCUCGUCGAUGCUGGCCUCGACAUUGUCAUUCUCGACAGCUCCCAGGGCAACAGCAUGUACCAGAUCGAGAUGGUCAAGUGGUGCAAGAAGGAGUACCCCGGCCUCGAUGUGAUUGGAGGCAACGUCGUCACCCGUGAGCAGGCCGCCUCCCUCAUCGCGGCCGGCGUUGACGGCCUCCGCAUUGGCAUGGGCAGCGGCUCCGCGUGCAUCACGCAGGAGGUCAUGGCUGUCGGCCGCCCCCAGGCAGCCGCCGUGUACGCCGUCAGCCACUUUGCUGCCCGCUUCGGCGUCCCCUGCAUUGCCGACGGCGGUGUCCAGAACGUCGGCCACAUCGUCAAGGGCCUCGCCCUUGGCGCCUCGACCGUCAUGAUGGGCGGUCUCCUGGCCGGCACCACCGAGUCGCCUGGCACCUCCUUCGUUUCCCGAGAGGGCAAGUUGGUUAAGGCGUACCGUGGCAUGGGCAGCAUCGAUGCUAUGCAGGACAAGAAGGCCGGCAACGGCGGCAAGGACAGCCAGAAGAGCAACGCCGGCACCGCCCGGUACUUCUCCGAGGGCGACAGCGUCCUGGUUGCGCAGGGCGUCUCGGGCGCUGUUGCGCACCGCGGCUCCAUUGGCAAGUUUGUGCCUUACCUGGCCGCGGGUCUCAAGCACUCCAUGCAGGACUGCGGUAUGACGAGCCUCACUGAGCUGCACGAGAAGACGAGCGACGGCACGGUUCGCUUCGAGCUCCGCACGUCUAGCGCUCAGGUCGAGGGCAACGUCAACAUGGAGGCUUACGAGAAGAAGCUGUACGCAUGA